AUGGCGGACGAUGUUGAAGAAAUAUGUCCUGCGGUUGAAAUUUUAACCAGUAUUGAGACUGCAGUUCCUUGUCCUGUGAAAGGCUGCUCUAAAAUAUUGUGUAAUAAAGCUUCUCUUCGAAUGCAUGUGGUAAAGACUCAUAAUAUCACAGAAAGUGAGGAAGAAAAAGCACUCUUUACGAGAAACUCUGAGAAAAGGAAGUGUACCAAGAAGCAUUUUUACUGCCCAGUUUUGGAUUGUUCGCGGGGUAAGUCCAGCAAGAAACCUUUUCCGAGGCUUGGUCAAGUUAAGCAGCAUUACAUGACAGUGCAUGCAGAAAAACAAUACACUUGUGACAAGUGCAGUCGAGGAUUUGGUUUGUUGGCAGCAUGUAAAAGACAUGAGAGUAAAUGUGGCCAGGUUUUCCACUGUGGUUGUGGCUGUCCAUUCACAACAAGAGAAGCCUUACUGAUGCAUGUACGUAGAAAACAACACAGCCUACCACCCAAGAAACAAGUGCCAGAAACGACAGCAGUUUUUGAUAACAUGCAGACGACGAGGACAACAAUUCCAGUACAAGUGGUCAAACCAGCCACCAUGUUGACAGCAACAACAGUAAAACAAGGCCAAGAGAAAAUUCCAAUUGUAUCACAAAGAUAUUGUAAAAUAUUGCCAAAGCCUGUUAAUCUACCCAACCAGAUAUCAACCUCUCCCUUCACAGGGAACUGCGUAGCAAGUGUCACCACAAGAGAUGCAGAAACGCAGACAUUAAAACGGAAAUGUUUUAGAAACAUUUCAACACAGACUAUGCUUGAUAUUUCAACUUGUGUUGAUUCUGAAAUGAUCAGUGACACAGGAACCAGACUUAGCAAUGCAUCUGUUGGCACACAAGCCAAUAAGCACUUGCUGAAUGCCGUCUCAAUGAUUGAUUUUAGUAGUCAAGUCAUGGUACCUGAUAUGGAUGGGAAUAGUAUAUCUCAAUCUUCUUCCAUCGGGAUACAACAUGAUCACCUUUUUAUGCCCCAUCAUUCCAGUCUGGGCAUCCAAGAAGAUCCCACUUGCUUCUCACUAAGUUCACAAACACUUUUGACUGGCAGCAAUCUUCAAAUUACAGACCCCCGAUUCCAGAGCACAUCAGAAACACAAACACAAGACCUUUCUCAAGUUGCACUGGAGGAUAACGCUUCUCAGACUUCUAUAUCGAUCUUUGGUUUUGAUCCUUCUAUUUCAAUGGAUUGUGCAACACAGACUCAAGCACAGAAGAUUUUUGAUGAAUUAUGGAAUCAAUCAGAUGUAGAGCUAACAGAAUCACAGACGCAGACAUGGUUAAGUAGCUUGAUGCCCACAGAGUCUGAGAUUACAAAUCAAAAUCAUCUUCUAAUCCAUCGAACUACAUUAGAUGACCUUGUAAAUAUACGUACGCAAACUUCCAGCAUGACAAACACCAUGACGUUUGAAGCUGGACUUACUAACACUGAAACUCAAACUAUCCCAGAAGCCUUUGCAACCAACAGCUGGCCUUUUGAACCAAUAGAUAGGCAAACCCAAAUGACGCAAACUGCAACGCAAGAUGUUAUUUACAAUCAGCUAAUGGAUACUCACACUCAGACAUUCCUAGAUGACAUUGAUAAUGUUUCAGUUUUCUCAAGUGUGCAAACUCAAACUUGAAAACACAGCACAUCCAUCAGGGAUAUCAACUUUUAUUCAUAGAUAAUAGUGAACCAUUCACCGUUGCAGCAGUUUUCCCAGUGGAAUUAAAUAUUGUCCAACGAACAACUUCACAGCUUAAAGACUACUAGAAGAUUAUUUUAUGAAUCAUCUAUUUUAAUUUCCCUUUUCUUUUUUCGCAGGACAGUAAACAAUUGAAACAAUGUAUAGUUUCAAUAUCUUCCGUGAUCAGAGUUUUAAAUAGAGCAUUUUCACAUGACGUCACAGCGGCCAUUAUGGGGUACCAAAACAAUACAUUUUCUGUCCUCCAGGAAUUGAACUCUAUUUUAAUACAAAUACUGUGCAGAAAGUUUCUAUUGUUUAUGGCUGCCUUCUCACGUGAGUGAAAACGCUCUAUUCUGAGAUACUGUAUUCUACAUGUAGCUAUUUUUUGAGCUUGUGGGCAAUAGUAAUUGUAACAAAACCAUGAUAUAACUAGGGGGUACCUGUAGGAACCAUGAAUUACGAUAUUUGGCUCAGGUGGCUAGUGACUGGCCUGUUGAGUGAGGUUGUGGUUUCAAUCACAUCUAGAUCAGAUUUAUUGGCUAUAGAACUAAGUUACAUGGGUGAACACCUAGUAUGUGAAUUAUCACAUGCUCUGUAAUUCAUUUUAUAAAAUAUUUGAAAUAUAAUGCUUGUGCUGAUU